AUGGCAACGUUGGUGGCAAACAGGGCGAUGGACAACGGCUUGGCAGGAGCAGCGAGGACGCACACUCAAGCUGUGACCAGAAAUUACAUCUCCCAACCAAGGCUAACUUAUUCUACAGUGUCAGGAGUAAAUGGACCCCUGGUGAUUCUUGAUAAUGUCAAGUUCCCCAGAUAUGCUGAAAUUGUUCAUUUGACUUUGCCUGAUGGGACAAAAAGGAGUGGUCAAGUCCUGGAGGUGAUUGGGAGCAAGGCAGUCGUUCAGGUGUUUGAGGGAACAUCAGGCAUUGAUGCCAAGAAGACCGCUUGCGAGUUUACUGGCGAUAUCCUGCGAACACCAGUUUCAGAGGAUAUGCUUGGGCGGGUCUUCAAUGGCUCAGGCAAACCUAUCGACCGUGGACCCAGUGUUCUGGCUGAGGACUAUUUGGACAUCAUGGGUCAGCCCAUCAAUCCCCAAUGCCGCAUCUACCCCGAGGAAAUGAUCCAGACUGGCAUCUCCGCUAUUGAUGGCAUGAACAGUAUUGCCAGAGGACAGAAGAUCCCCAUUUUCUCUGCUGCUGGGUUGCCGCAUAACGAAAUUGCAGCCCAGAUCUGUCGGCAAGCCGGUUUGGUGCAGAAGUCCAAGGAUGUGAUGGACUACAGCUCGGAAAACUUUGCCAUUGUGUUUGCUGCUAUGGGGGUCAACAUGGAAACUGCUCGUUUCUUCAAGUCUGAUUUUGAAGAAAAUGGCUCGAUGGAUAAUGUGUGCCUUUUCUUAAACCUGGCCAAUGAUCCUACGAUUGAACGUAUUAUUACACCUCGCCUGGCAUUGACUACAGCAGAAUAUCUGGCAUACCAGUGUGAGAAGCACGUCUUGGUCAUUCUCACCGAUAUGAGUUCCUAUGCUGAAGCUCUGAGAGAGGUUUCUGCUGCCAGAGAGGAGGUGCCUGGACGUCGCGGCUUCCCUGGUUACAUGUACACUGACUUGGCCACCAUCUAUGAACGUGCUGGCCGAGUAGAGGGAAGGAAUGGUUCUAUCACCCAGAUUCCCAUUCUCACAAUGCCUAAUGAUGACAUCACCCAUCCGAUUCCCGAUCUGACGGGAUACAUUACUGAGGGUCAGGUGUACGUGGACAGGCAGCUCCACAACCGUCAAAUUUACCCACCCAUCAAUGUGUUGCCAUCUCUUUCCCGUCUGAUGAAGUCAGCUAUUGGAGAGGGUAUGACCAGGAAGGACCACGCUGAUGUCUCAAACCAGCUGUAUGCCUGCUAUGCUAUUGGCAAGGACGUUCAGGCCAUGAAAGCUGUUGUGGGAGAAGAAGCCCUCACAUCUGAUGAUCUCCUCUACCUUGAGUUCCUACAGAAAUUUGAAAAGAACUUCAUUGCCCAGGGUCCAUAUGACAAUAGGACGGUGUACGAAACCCUGGACAUUGGCUGGCAACUUCUUCGAAUCUUUCCCAAGGAGAUGCUCAAGAGGAUUCCUCAGAGCACUUUGGCAGAGUUUUAUCCCAGGGAGUCGGCUGCUCGCCACUGA